UUUAUAGAGGUGUUUAUCUAUCUAUCUAUGAAAACGUGUUUUGAUUUUUUUWAAAACACAUUUAAAUGUCUUCAUUGAAUUGUCGAUCACUUGAAUUGAUCCCAUAGUGUUGCCUAAUCUUGCAGUGUUUGUCUUAUUAUUAUUAUUAUUAUCACCACAAGUGUGAUGAUGGCCACCAGCAAAGUGCUGCAAAAGAUUAAGCCACGCGAUGUUGACAACAGCGGCGAUGAAGACUUUGUGACCGCCGAUAAAGAGUUGAUGGACUCGGUUGAGGACAACGAUAAUCGUGUUAUCGGCGGCGGUGGCAGUGAUGACGAUGUCAAUUACGACAAACUGUUGGCCGAUGUUUCGUUGUUGGAUUCGGCAAAGAAGAAACAAUUGAAAUGGAAAGCCACCCGAUUCGAGGCCAAAGAUGUGGUCAACGAAUUUAAUUUGUCGCAAAGCGAUAAGACCAAGUUGUCGAUCAACGACCUGUUGAGCGAAGUACGCGAUACGGGAACCGGUAAUCUGAAGAAGUUGAAACACUGGCAUAAGAGACGAUUGCUGGACGAACCGCUCGAACGGUCGGAGGCCAAGAAAAUCAAACGCGCCGUUAAUUACGAUCAAACGGGUCGGGCGUUGACCAAAUGGGAUCCCGUAGUCGACAGCAAUCGUGCGGCAUCGCAGUUGAAGUUUCCGCUCAAUCAAAAAACACUGUCACUCGAACCGGCCAAAGAAGUGGUCAAAAAGUUUACGCCGAAAACGCCGAUGGAGUUGCAAAUUGCAGAAAUGUUAAGCAAAUCGGAAAACACAUUAACUGAUGAUAAGGCGUUAACUGUGGCCGAAGAAAAGAUAAUGAAAGCGAUGAGUUUAGACGAAGCCCGGAUCAGACACCGAGAGAUUCAAAAGAUGAGAGCAUUGAUGAGCUAUCAGGAGGUGAAACUGAAACGACAGGCAAAGAUUAAGAGCAAACGGUAUCACAGGAUUUUGAAACGCGAACGACUGAAGAAGAGUCUCGAAGAGUUUGAAAAAGAGAAGAAAGAAAAUCCCGAUGCGGCCAUUGAUAAGCUUCAAGAGUUGGAAAAACUUCGGGCACUGGAGAGAGCCAGUCUUAAGCAUAAGAAUACAGGAAAGUGGGCAAAACAUUUGAAACUCAGAUCCAAAUACGAUGAUAAUGCAAGGGCUGCCCUCUCGGAACAGCUACAGAUCAGCAAUAAAUUGUUGCAAAAGAAGGUACACUUUGAAGACGACGACAACGACGAUGAUAAUAAUAAUAACAGUGAUGAUGAUUCUGGCGAUGACGAAGAAGAUAAUGCCAAUAAAGAUGAUGAGUUUACGCCAUUACCUAAUGACUACAAUCCAUGGAUGAGAUCUGGCAGUACUGGUAGUGGUAUUGUUCAGCCGAAACCACAACACAUUAAGCAAAUAAGUAACGAUACAAAUGCUGAAGACAUUGAUAGACCAAUUAAUUAUGAAACGAGUGGUCCUAUUAGUGAUGAACAAAUUUCAGCUGAUUUGGACGUAGAGUUCAUUGAAGAUAAUAACAAUAAUACCAACAACAGUGUCGUCGAAAUUGACAACAAUAGUGUUGUUGUUGGCAAUGAAAAGACCAGCACUGAAAAGGUGGCGUCAAAAGAGGCGGCUAUCGAUCCAAACGAUUUCAUUACUGUCAAAGCAAACAAAGUGAAGUCUUCGUUUCCAAAUUUAGUUACCGAUUUGGAUUCAGAUGGUGAAGACAACGACGACGACGAAUCGGAUGGUGUGUCCGAUGAUGAACAAAGACAACUGGUGUCUGAGGCGUUCGCUGACGACGAUGUACUAAACGAUUUUAAGAAAUCGAAACGCGAAAAGAUUGAAAACGAAUCGGAGAAGAAUGUCAGUCUGUUUUUGCCCGGUUGGGGACAAUGGGGUGGAGUAGGACUGAAGAUCAGUAAGAAAAAGAAGAAACGAUUUACUCUAAAACCAGCGAAAAAAGGCAAACGAAAAGAUCAUAGUAUCGGAAAUGUUAUAAUUUCGGAGAAAAAAGAUGAAACGGUUGGCAAAUAUAGAGUUAAACAAUUGCCGUUUCCCUACAAAAAUGUCGAAGAAUUUGAAAAAAGUAUUCGACAUCCGAUCGGCCGAACGUGGAAUCCCGAAGUUGCCUAUCGCGAGUUGACCGAACCCAAACUGGUCACCAAAAUAGGCGCAAUUAUAGACCCGAUAGACAAGGAGGCACUCAUAAAUUCCAGAGUCGGUAAGAAUAAAAGAAACAGUAGUUUAAAAGUAAAUUUCAAAUCAAAACGAAAACAUCAGACAAACCAAAAGAAACCACAGAAAAUACAAUCGGAAAAGAUAUCAGAAAAAUAAGUUAUUUUUUUUAUACAAAUAAAUAAAUAUU